AUGCCCAUAGACCAAUUGUUCGAUACAAAAAAGGUAAUCAAUCAAGAAAUAGAUUACAAAAGUAUCCGAUUCCUAUGGUAUGUUACCACGGACUUUGUCAAUGGCACCAUCAUGCACCCAAAUGUUCAACAGCUGAUACAUGACACAAAUGAACAUUUCGAUGUUGUUAUUGCCGAAUGGCUUUACAGCGAGCUGUACUCGGGGUUUCACAAAAAAGUCGAAGAAUAUUCAUUCAUUUAUCACGAUCGGUUGACACCACCGGGCAAAGUGCUAUCACAUUGGGUGUCGCAUGUUAUUCGUACAAACGGAGCACACUAUCUACGCUCUCCGGCUUUUCUGGUGCCCUGGCGACUAAAAGGGGACACGGAUUGGCAGCAGCUCGACGUGGUCUCGAGUUUGAACUUUUUUAAUGUUAAAAAAAAAAAAGAAUUCACAGCUCAUCCAAACUGCCUCCUUUUCAUCACGCAAGGUGGAGUACUUUCGAUGACCGAAGCGAUAUACUAUGGAAUCCCUGUCGUCGGAGUACCAAUUUUUGGUGACCAGUUCACUAACACCCAGAGAGCUGUUGAGAAUGGUUUCGCAAUUAAAGUAGAACUAACCAACGCAAUGGUGGAACAAAUAAAAGAUGCGAUUGAAGAAAUGCUUCGCAACUCUAGGUUACUGUCGGACAUAAGGCAGACAUUCGACUUAAUUAUUUCCGAGUGGUUCUUCAAUGACAUAUUUACUGGUUAUCGCCAAAAAGUCUGG